AUGGCCGUUUCAAUGAACUGGCGGCUUGUGGAUAAGGAAAAUGAUCAUGGCGUAUCAAUCGAGCUUGUAAGGCGCACCGCUUCUGUGGCCUCAAGAAAUGCCAUUUACGCGGCAAUAGGAAGGAUACUAAUAGGCAUCUUGAAGCGGCUUGGAAAGGGAGGUUUGCGAAUGAGCGUUUUAAGACAGCUGGGAAGGGAGUUUCUUUCCCUUGAUCCAUUAAAGUGGGCGUUUGUAUUGGCUGGUCUCUCUUGCUAUCGCCUCAUAAAGCAAAUGAUUGCAGGAUUGCCCUCGUUUUUUCGGAUUACCGAAAAGGCUGCUGCUCUGCUGUCUGGGUGCAUUUGUGCUCUACCUGCAUUAGUGAUGAACCGUGAGACACGAACCGAUUUGUCUCUCUAUGUCUUUGUCCGUGCUCUGCAUAGCUUUUGUGUGGGACGCGUUGUGCCUUUGCUCCCAAAGCCGAUGAGAGAGUUCGAAUAUUAUGAUAUUCUGACGAUGUGCUUGAGUGCUUCCCAAAUAUUAUAUAGUGUCGUUUUUGCCCCGUUCUCAAUGCCUCCAUCAUAUCAGCAGUUCUUGUCGAAGGUGUCCAUGCUUGAUAACCGUCUGGUACGGGGUCAUGCAGGGCUUGCAAGAUACCAGCUUGUCCCUGAGUUGGUAGAAUUGUGUAUGGAGAAAGGUCUCAGCAUCCCAGAGAGCCCCAAAGAACAUUUUAAGAUAGGCUGUCAUUACGCACACUCAGGAAUAAGCUGCAAUCAAUUUUACUUCUCCUUCAUUUGCAAAAACAUGCUGCAAGUAGGCUUACCGCUGUAUUUUCCACUGAAGCUUGUUACUACUCUUCUCUUUCAACAAAAAGAAUUAAAACGUCGUCCUUUGAAGGUUUUGCGGGGGGCUGUAAGAUCUGUGCUUUUGAGUUCUUUGUUUUUGGCCCUAUAUUCUGGAAGUACUGUGAGAUUUGCGUGCUUUGCAGCGCAAGGUAACAUACGUGGUGGGAUUUACUUUGCCCUCACCUGUUCUCUCGCAGGAAUAGCCACAUUGCUUGAGCCGAAAGGGAGACGCAUGGACUUGGCUCUGUAUUGUUUGAUGUACGCCCUUAGAUCAUUUGUCAUCACACAAUACCGACUAGGUCGCAUCCCAUACCCCCGUCAUGAUUUCGUAUUCCUUCUCUACUUAUUUUCAAUAGGAUUUCUCUUUUUUCAAUACGACCGGGAACCUGAGAAACUAAAUUCGCGUGUGCGCUCUAUUAUUGUUAAUCUACUUGGCGAAAAGCAGUCAUCAAAUCAUGGGCUAAAAGCUGCUGAAGUUUCAGAAGGUCCUCGUAAAGGCUAA